UGUUGAUCAUCUGACAGCUACAACAAAAGUCAUGCACCGCAUUCAGGAAAUGUUACCCUACAUCCGUUCGUAGAUGUUGUCAACACGAAAACGGGACUUUUAGUUUUUAUUUUCAUUUUAUUUUAUUGAUUGGUUUUUCAGAGAAAGUGUGAUGACGCUGUUCAUUUUCAUCGCAGUGUGGGUUUUACAGAUUGGUGCAGCAGGUGGUGUUGAAGACAGCGUUUUAGUGUCACUGAUGGAGGGAGAUUCAGUCGCUCUACACACUGAUGUUAAAACAAAACAGCAAGAAAAGAUUAAAUGGUUUUUUAAUAAGACUCGCAUCGCUCAAAUCAGUGACCUUCUCAGUAAGAUCUGUACAGAUGUUGAGUGUAAUGAAGGGACUGAAAGAUUCAGAGACAGACUGAAGCUGGAUCAUCAGACUGGAUCUCUGACAAUCAUGAACAUCACAAACACAGACUCUGGAGAAUAUAAACUACAGAUCAUCAAAACCAACAGCUUGAGCGAAAAUAUCUUUCGAAUCACUGUCCGGAAGACGGAUGAAAUGAAGACUAAGAGAGUGAAGGAGGGAGAAUCUGUCACUUUGGAUCCUGGUGUAAUAAAAAACACAAAUGAUUUGAAGAAUUGGUAUUUUAAUGAUACUCUCAUCGCUGAAAUUACUAGAGAUGCCAUCAAGAUCUUUACAGAUGAUGAGUUUGAAGAUGCUGACGGGAGAUUCAGAGACAGACUGAAACUGAACGAUCAGACUGGAUCUCUGACCAUCACAGACACCAGAACCACAGACUCUGGAGAUUAUGAGCUAAAGAUCAUCACCAACAGCAGCAGCAUCUGCCGGCAGUACAGCAUCAUAGUUAUCAGUGAAAAGAGCUUAAGUGGAACUGGCUCUAAUGGGAUUGAGUUUCUUGUUAUAGCAGGAUUAUGUGUUGGAGUUGAGCUUGUCGUUGCGGAUGUAACAGGUGAGAAUUACUGGUUUGUGUAUGCGCAUGUGUGGUGUGGUUUCAUUCAGUCAUCAUUGCAAAAAUAUGAAUAACUAAAUAUAUAGGACAGUACUGCCCCUUGGAAUGUGUAAAUUGUUUAGAGAAGAUGGAUUUUUAACUGCAAAAUUAAAGUGUGUGUGUGAGUGUGUAACUGGAACGUCAGUCAUGUUUAUUUCUCUUAACUUCUGUGAAUGUUUUCUUAUAGGAUAGUGAUGUAGAGAACUAGUCUGUUCAAAAGACGUCCUCUAUUCAUCUUAACAUAUUCAAACAUCUAUCCUGUAAUUACACAGCGGAACAGCAUCAUUUAUGGUACAAUGUAAACAAAUUAUUGUAAUUUUAACUGUAUGUUUUUUUUUUCUUUUUUUUUUUACUGCUGUAAACCUGUUAAGAUCUCUUACUACUCUGAAAUAAUAAUAAUAAUAAUAAUAAUAAUUGGAUUAACUCAAUUUAAUUAAGGGCAGGAUGUUCAUCCAAUAAUGAUGUGUAGCCCCAACUCCUAAACUGAUACACUGGAUUUCCUGAACUUUAGGCAUUAACCAACUUGGUAGACAUAGCCAUAAGAUGAUUGUAAUACAUCUAUAGCAUGCUUUACUCAAUGGUAACCCACAAAAACACUAACAUACAAGAAACUGUUUUAAAUACAAACAUAAAAGAGCAUUACGCAUUAACAUAUCACUCAAUUUUAUCAUCUUAAUAAAAAAUUCCUCAAAUAACAUUUUAUUUCAACAUUUAUUCUCCUUAUCCAGCCCUGUGCAAAGCAUCAUGGGAAGGGGAAACCCACUUAUGUGGAUUUAAAAUAGUUUAUGCACUCCCAACUCAAAUGAAUUAAAGAUGCAAUAGUUAAUUGUGUUCAGAAACGAAUUUUGUGUGUAUAUAUGGAAACUGGUUUGUGUUUUACACUGUCCACACCUUCUGUAGCUAAUACUGUAUCUUUUUAUAAGCUAAUUAUAAAGCUCUUUUAACAAAAAGAUGCGAGUAGCAUCACGUCUAAUUUCCUACUGAUGUUUUUUCUACUUCUGUAC